AUGGAUUUUUCUCAACCCGCCAACGAACCUCCUAGCCAAAAACGUGAUUUUGCUAGACGGGCAAAGGCUCACGAUCAGCCGGAAAUUGAUGUCGCUCUUCUCCAAGCUCAAAAUGAGCGCAACCGCAUCAACCUCAAAAUCAUGUCCAAAGAUAUGUCCGCCUGUUGCAACGACGACUCCAGAGAAUAUUUCCGCAUCAAGAGGCAAAAAAUCCUCGCCGAGGAACGAGCGUCCGCCAGGUCUUCUGCUCAAAACAAUUCCUCCCCUCAAGCCGGCCCCAGUUGCUCUUAA